AUGACGUUCUUCACUAUCCACUUCAAUAUUAGAGGCCUUGAACCAAUUCAUGAUGGCGAACCUUUGGUUUCAUUUUUCCUUCUUCAUGUUCUCACUGCUUUGCUAUCUCAUGGUCUGUCCAAUUUAUGCCACAAAAAUUUCACCAAAAAUGAUGAAUUGGCACUUCUUGCUCUCAAAAUUUCUGUGAGAGACCCAUUCAAUCACUUGGCUAAUUGGUCUAGCUCUUUCUCCAUUUGCAAUUGGGUUGGGGUUACUUGUGAUUCUAAAGGUGAGAGAGUAAGUGUAUUGAAUCUUGCUCAUAUGAGUCUCAUGGGCACCUUACCCUCACAAGUGGGGAAUUUGUCCUCCCUUGUUGAACUUGCCCUUCAUAGUAACAACUUUCAUGGUGAGUUACCGAAGGAGUUGUUGCAGUUACAUAAGUUGAGAAUUCUCAACCUUAGCUAUAAUGAAUUUGAUGGGAAAAUUCCUGCGGGACUGGAAGUUUAUUUGCUCUUCAAUGCCUGA